CUUCCCGGAAGAAGCAGCGCAGCGGGGGCCAUGGAGGAGGAUCAUAGGCAGUCGCUGCGGCGGGCUCGGCUGCGCCUAGUGAAGGAGUUGCAAGUGGAACCCCUUUGGGAGCUGCUGCUGCACCAAGAGAUCUUCACCCCGGAUAUGAUCGAGGAGAUUCAGAAAGCAGGUACACGCCGAGACCAGGCUAGGCAGCUGGUUAUUGACCUGCAGACUCGUGGGAAGCGAGCGUUCCCUGCUUUCAUCUGGUGUCUCCAAGAAACUGGACAGAAUGACCUGGCCGCUUUGCUGAGCGCAGGAGGUGACCAGCUACAGUUGCACCCAGCUGAUCUAAAGCCAGUUGAAAUCCAUCCACAUUCUGAACCAAGGGAUCCACGUAUGAUUUCUUCUCUGAUCUUGUUUCAGUUGGGGAUUUUAUAACCUCAUUUUAGCAUGCCUCCAUGGUCCUGAAACUAUAUCUAUAGAAAUCAGGGUGAAAAACAAACAGUGGCCAUUUGUUGUUAAUACUGCAACCCAGGGUUGCGUGUAGAGCAUUCCUGUUCAAGCUAACAACCAGCCAUACGUUUUCCCAAGACACUCCAUGC